AUGUCGUCGUCCUCCCUCAGGAAUAUCACAGGUGGCAGCACCGACGUAUCGGCGGUGAAGCGCGUUGGGGGAGGUGAUGAUCAGCAGGCGGACCUCGUCACGGUUACGGCCGGCGUUGUCAGCCCUGUGCGGGGUCGCGUGCAGCGCGGCAUCGACGCCGACGCCACCGCCGCGCCCGCCACCAGGUGGGGCAGUCAGCGGCUGCUGCCGAUGAGACCGGUGGGCGAUGGCGACGCGGCGGGGAAGAGGUCGCCACCGUCUGUGCCGACGCGCGGCUCGUCGCUGCGCACGAUGCAGCAGCUGGCCGAGAAACACCGCAUGAAGAUGGCGCGCCGCACGGGCCUCACCGCCAUCAACCGCCUUGAGUCGUCGUCAUCAGCCGUGACGGACGACAGCUCACGCCCCGCCUCCAGCUCCGACUGCUACAGCAGCGCCCCCGAGUGGCCGACCGACGACAGCGGCAACGAUUCCGAUGCCUUUACCUCUAGCACCUCGCUGGAGUGGGUGCCUAGCGGUACAUGCCCCACCCCCGGGGACACGGGCGGGGGAUGCGGGCAUGGCACGGGCGCGGCGCAGGCAUGGUGCGGGCGUGGCGAGGGUGCCUAG